GCACGGCCACGAUCAACGCUGCGCCAGGUUGGCAAAAUCAGUACGGCAUUAUGAAGCUGAUGGAUCAUGGCGGAUCGUACCCUGCAGCUACAAUCAACGACCAGGGCAACACAUUCCCAGAUGAUUUCUGCCUGGCUGUUGGUGUGCUACCUUCUGGCUCAAAUUCGACCAACGGCUUUACGCAGAAUGGGAACGGAUACGAUGCUCCCACAAGCGACACUGACUGGCCGAAUGUUGCCCUGCAAGGUGUGCCCAUGCUUAACGUCUGGUUGAAGUGA